AUGGUGAUGCCGACGGCGGGCGCCGGCGACACGGAGGCGAGGAGGCCCCUCGUCGCCAGGAGGCACAAGGACGGCGAGGGUGACGGCCUGGACGACGGCGACGCCUCCUUCUCCGGCGCGGUGUUCAACCUGUCCACCACCAUCGUGGGCGCGGGCAUCAUGGCACUCCCGGCCACCAUGAGGGUGCUGGGCCUCGUCCCGGGCCUCACCCUGGUGGUGCUGGCCGCCGUGCUCACGGACGCCUCCAUCGAGCUGCUCAUGCGGUUCAGCAACGCCGUGGGCGCCGCGUCGUACGGCGAGGCCAUGGGCGACGCCUUCGGGGCGCUCGGCAGGGGGCUCCUCCAGCUCUGUGUCGUCGUCAACAACAUCGGCGUCAUGGUCGUCUACAUGAUCAUCAUCGGCGACGUGCUGUCGGGGACUUCUUCGAGCGGCAAGCACCAUCACGGCGUGUUUGAAGGCUGGUUCGGCCCGAAUCGCUGGAACGGCCGCUUCGCCAUCCUGCUCUUCACCACCCUCGCUGUCUUCAUGCCGCUCACAUGUUUCAAGCGCGUCGAUUCACUGAAAUACACUUCUGCGCUAUCGGUGGCACUGGCCGUCGUGUUCGUCGUGAUCACCGCCGGAAUCGCCAUGAUCAAACUGACUAGAGGGCAGAUCCCGAUGCCCAUGCUGUUCCCCGACGUUCACGGGACCUGGGCGUCCAUCUUCAAACUCUUCACGGCCGCUCCAGUUCUUGUCACCGCCUUCAUUUGCCACUACAAUGUGCACCCUAUCCACAACGAGCUCAAGGACCCGGCCCAGAUCAAGCCGAUCGUGCGGGCGUCGCUGGUGCUGUGCUCCGCCGUGUACGUGACCACCAGCUUCUUCGGGUUCCUCCUCUUCGGCGAGGAAACGCUGGACGACGUGCUGGCCAACUUCGACUCGGACCUCGGCAUCCCCUACGGCGGCGUCUUCAACGACGCCGUCAGGGUCAGCUACGCGCUCCACCUCAUGCUCGUCUUCCCCAUCGUCUUCCACGCGCUGCGCCUCAACAUGGACGGCCUCCUCUUCCCCUCCGCCCGGCCGCUGGCCUGCGACAACCGGAGGUUCGCGGCGCUCACGGUCGCGCUCCUCGCCGUCAUCUUCCUGGCCGCCAACUUCAUCCCCAACAUCUGGGACGCCUUCCAGUUCACCGGGGCCACCGCCGCCGUCUCCAUCGCCUACAUCUUCCCCGCCGGCAUGGCGCUGAGGGAUCGCCACGGCAUCGCGAAGAAGAGGGACAAGGUCCUGGCGUUGUUCAUGAUCGUGAUCGCGGCGGUGUCGAACGGAGUGGCCGUGUACAGCGACGCUUCCUCGUUGUGAUUUGGUGGCAUACUGGCAUGGCAUGGGACUGGCAGCACCGGCACGGAGCGGUCGCCUACACCAUGGCGCUCUGUAUGUAUAUUAGGUUGGUGAUGAGAGACCGACUUGAGUCCUUCCACCUAUAAAUGCAUGUACAUGUAAAUAUCUCUGCAGCUCUGCAUGAUGUGCAGAAGUUGAGUAAGGACUGGAUUCCAAUCCAUUGGCAUGAUAGUGCCAAGAAAAUGCGACAUUA